UGCGCACCCAUGGCGGGCAGGGCCGGCCGCGGGCGUUCCGCGCUGCCGGGGGUGUCGCCGGGGGUGUCCCCGGGGGUGUCCCCGGUCACCACGCUGGCGCUGGACAUGGACAACCUGGCGGGGCUGGGCAGCCACUGGGACACCCCGAAGCGGCGGGUGCCCCCCCCGGGGCUGCGGUCCCCCGUGUGCCCCCCCGGGCCAGGGGUCUCGGAGCCCUCCCGGGGCUCCCCCCGGGAUCUCCCCCGGGAUUCCGUCUCCUCCGAGUCCUCGGAUGCGGGUUCGGGGCCGGACUCGCCCCCCCCGCAGGACCCCGCGGCGCUGGAUGAUGU